CAUUGCACGGAAUACGCCCGUCUCGAUGCACAAGGAGAAGCUUCUUGUACAUGGGCGUUGCCGCUUGCCUGGCCGCCAUAUUGAUAUGUUUGGCAUCGUUGUUACUCGUUCAUGGCAAGCCGUCUUCCCGUGCAGAACCCCUUACAAAGUUUGACCUGCCUGAUGUUCGUAACCUGGUCCUGCUGUCGAGCACGGACAACUCUAUCACGGUCACAUGGGAGCGACCUGAAGUUCGUUUCGACUAUUACUGGGUCAGCAUCAGCGCGGACAGUCGAGAAAAGAACACCACCAUGAAACAGCAUUACAUGGGCUCCUGCUCGAAUGGUACAAUCAUCCACGCAAGCCAGAACCGAGUCACCUGUACCAACAUCGACGCUUGCACGAACGUCAAGUUUACUGUACGUACGCACAUCAACGGACCUCCGGAACGUACUUCUGAGGGAGCAACAAUAGGAGGCAUUUUUAUUGCUGGAAAAGAUCCAGACGCACCAAGGAAUAUCACCGCGAUCGGAAUAUCACGAACACUUACCCGAGUACAGUGGGCACCGCCGUCCAACCUGACCGAAACGCAAACCGUGUACGCAGUUAGAGUAUGUCCCAAUUUCACGUCAUGUGACGGAGAGCUGAAUGGCUGCAAGGAAAAUCAGACGUCCCAUACAUGGCUGGAAUUCGAAAGCACCGUCGAUACCACGCAUUGCGUUGUCGUCGUGGCAAAUGCCCAGUGCGGGCCCCGGAUGUUAAGAAGCCCCAAAGGAAUGUCGGUAGUAAGGACACCGUCAUUUGCGCCUCCUGAUGUCACCAACUUGACAAUUAUUAACGUUGGGGCAGAAUUCUUCACCGUCGGCUGGACAAGGCCAGAGGCUGCGUUUGACUACUACAGCGUGGAGCUAAAGAGCCCUGAAAUACAAAAACUUUCGAGCAUUGGAUCUUGCGCAAACGGAGCCAUCAUUCACCGCGACCGGACAGAAUUAACGUGCACCGAGCUGGAGCCUUGGAUCAUAUACGAGUUGCGGUUGCACACUCAUAUUACCGGACCACCUGCGCGGACUUCUUCCGGCAGAACAGCAGUCAUUGUGACGAACAAAAAAGUUGCACCUGAGGUGUCAAACUUGAAGGUAGAGAACAUUAGAGGCACCUCCUUUGUUGUGACCUGGGAACGGCCGAAAGAGAGCAUCGAAUACUACACAGUUGAAGUCACCGACCAUGGAAGUGGCCACAUCGGGGACAGGUUCCACAGCAUCGUUUCGUGCAACAACGGUGCUGCAAUCAAUCCCAGGCAGACAAGCCUGACCUGCACGAAAUCCGACACCUGCACCAGCGUCAGCGUUCGAGUUAAAACCCACACCAGAGGUCCUCCUGAAAUCGAGUCCCCUGGAGUGACCUUGGAGAACGUCCUUCUUCCUGGAACUGAACUUCCGGAAGUGACCGAUCUGAAGCUGACAACAGCCAAAAAUGACUCUUUCACCGUCACAUUCCAAGCGCCAGAGGAUUGCGUAGACGUCUUUCAUUACAAUAUCACAGACCACAAUUCACCCCGUCGUAAAGUGGAAGACAAAGGAUGUACUCAGCGAAACACGGCGAACAAUAUCUUCCAGGUCACCUGCACUGGGAUUGAAGCCUGUCACAAGGUGGACUUUGCCGUGGGGUCGCGUAAGCUCAAACAACCUAGUCGGGAUUCGCCUGGAGUGGCAAUCCGUGGAAUUGAGAUCCGUGGAAAAUGUAACGGGUAGUCUUUUCCAUUAUUCUUUUACAGCGAAAGCUGUUAUCAGAUAACAACGGCAGUGGGGUAAUUGUCCGCCGCCGCCGGUGUCCGUAACCACUAUCGCGUGGAAUAAGAAAAAAAGUGAAACGAGAAUAAAAUUUCUCGGCACCAAGCUGGGCGA